GGCCCCGAAGUGCAGGGCACUAACCGCAGUAGGCAGAAAGGGGUCAGACAAGCCUCGAAGAAGGUGAGGUCUGGAGCUCUCAGCCCAGGUCAGAAGUAGGGCAAGGUUAACCGGCUUGAGGUGGGCUGCAGUUGAACUAGGAAAACAGGUGGUAAGAGUCCUGGACCCUCAACAGGACAGGGAAGAUCUUGAAGCCAUCGAGUGCUUGAGUGUUGGGGCCAGGGUCCAAGCCCCCAAGUUGUAAAUGCCGGGCAAGCAGUCAGAGGACGGGGUGACGGAAGUGGCAGCUGUGGAAGAUGGGGGUGACGAAGGCCUGGGGGGCCUCACCGUGGAGGAGCUGGAGCAGGGUCAGGAGACUGCGCUGGCCUUGGAGGACAUGAUGGCUCUGAGCGCCCAGACCCUGGUCCGCACUGAGGUGGAGGAGUUGUACGAGGAAGUGCGUCCCUUGGGCCAGGGCCGGUUCGGUCGUGUCCUGCUGGUUACUCACCGGCAGAAAGGAACACCCCUGGCACUGAAGCAGCUCCCCAAGACCUCGACUUCCCUCCGUAGCUUCCUGUAUGAGUUCUGCGUGGGCCUCUCACUUGGCACGCACCCGGCCAUCGUGGCAGCCUACGGCAUUGGCAUUGAGUCAGCCAAUUCCUACAGCUUCCUGACGGAACCUGUGCUCCACGGGGACCUCAUCACCUUCAUCCAGCCCAAGGUGGGUCUUCCCCAGCCCGCAGUCCAGCGCUGUGCCGCCCAGCUGGCCUCAGCUUUGGAGCAUAUCCACUCCCAUGGCCUGGUGUACCGGGACUUGAAGCCAGAGAAUGUGCUGGUGUGUGACCCAGACUGCCAUCGCAUCAAGCUGACGGACUUCGGCCACACCCGGCCCAGAGGGACCCUGCUCCGACUCACUGGGCCACCGAUCCCCUACACGGCCCCUGAGCUGUGUGCCCCACCACCCUUCCCCGAGGGACUACCCAUCCAACCUGCCCUGGAUGCCUGGGCUCUGGGAGUCCUGGUCUUCUGCCUCCUUACCGGCUACUUCCCCUGGGACCAGCCCCUGGUGGAGGCUGACCCUUUCUUCGAGGACUUCCUUAUCUGGCAGGCCUCCGGCCAGCCCCAAGACCGGCCACAGCCCUGGUAUGGCCUAUCCCCUGCGGCAGACACUCUCCUGUGGGGGCUGCUAGACCCUCACCCCAGGAAGAGGAACCCUGUGAGCUCCAUCAAGGGCUUCCUAGGCCAACCCUGGAAGCAGAGGGAGGGGGAGGCUGAGGAACUGGCAAAGGAGCUGAGGGAAGAUGGGUAGUUAGGAGACCACGGGCUGUAAAGGGGGAGCACCCUCAUGCCGAGACCUGCUUAGCCCGCGCUGCCUGGCUGCAGCCUCCUCUCCGUUUCCAAUCUCUCCGCUGCCUGUCCUGUGUGUAGUCUGCAUCCCUCCUUUAUGCUCUGUGCGUGCGUGCGUGCGUGCGUGCGUGCAUACACAUGUGUGACUUUAGGGAGCCAGUUCUCUCCUUCCACCUUGGGGCCCAGCGAUGGAACUGAAUUCUUUAUCAGUCUUCAAGCACCUUUACCUACUGAAGCCGUCUGGCUGUCUCUGGUCUUGAACUCUGGAUCCUCCUGCCCCAGAAUCCUGAGUCCUGGGGAUAACAGGCAUGCACCGUGUUCAGCUCUCCCGCAUAGCUGUGCACCGUCCCGCCCACCUCAGGUAGCGCCCCCCCCCAC